AUGAACGCCGACUUCCUUGAGCGGUUAACAAAACGCGCGCGAGCCGAACAUGGCUUGUCACCAACCCAUGGCGAAGAUGAUGAUAUGGCCUUGGCUCCCAUGCUCCUUCCAAGCGACAGUGGUGGAGCAGAACCGAUGGAUGACGAGGGCGAUGAAAGACCAAGCGGCGAUUCCAGCGACCAUCAACCUGGCCAGCCUGACUCCACCAAUGCGAUCGCAAAUUCUGAACAUCCACCCGAAGACAUCGGACCAGUAGACGAAGCUGAUGAUGAUGACGAUGAGGGUACAACCGAUGAUGAUGACGAAAACCGACCGAAAAAACGAGAAAUCAUGCCGACUAUUCGAUUAUCUCUGGAACUACCUCGGCUUCCAACUCCUACUACGGUUGAGAGGAGUGUUUCUCUCAUGGCCAAAGACGCUGGCUACGCACUUCCAGCAGACACAGCUAUUACACUUGGAGCCGCUGCUGCGCCAGAACCUGAAUUACCGCUCACAACCACAUUCCAGGCAGACGGAGGGCCGCCGCCUAAACGACGGAGAAGGCGGAAAAUUUUGGAGAGAGAUGAAGGCUAUGAUCGUGACGAUCCGUUUGUGGAUGAUUCUGAAGCACUGAUGAUGGAACCGAAGUUUUACCACGCACCCGCCCGUGAUGGAUUCUUCGUUGCAUCGGGAGUCCUCGAGCUGAAAUCAGACGAGAAAAAGACUAGGAACCGCAAGCCAGCUAGCAAGGUGGUGAAGAGAGCUCCUCUUAGCACAACCUUGAGUCAUCAACCUCCAAAGCCAAUAAGCAAAUCUCAGAACCAUCAACCCUCGACCCCAACGCAAGCUCCUCCUGCAUCUGCACCCACCGGCUUGAAUGCAACAUCACAAGCUACCAACAGUCGGCUUGCUGAGAGCACUGAUCCUCGACUGCAGCAAGCCCAGGCGAAUCAAAAAGCUCCAGGGGUCCCGUCACAAGCUACUCUCCAGGCUCAGGCGCUUCCAAAGACAAAUCAUACAUCAACCUCAACAAAGCCCACAAACUUAUCCCUACCCCCUAUACAGUCUACUUUCAACAACGCCGACCAUCGCACCCCCAACUUACCACCAAUCAACUCUAUCGCGGACCCUACUCAGACGUUGGGACUUCCAACAAAUCCUAUCAAUCUUCUCGACGAGGACGAAGAUCGCUCAGCGGCACCAUUGCCAGACGCAUCACGGCCAACAUCACGCCAUCAUGAGGGGGAGAAACCUCAAAAGCGAGAGCGCUCAAAAACUUCAGAUAAACCGGAUUUGGCUACUCUAGAUAAGUCAAAGUCGGCUCGAUCAUCUCACUUGGGAGCUCAAGCGCACACGACUCAACCAUCGGGAUCCAAGUCAAAGUCCCCGUUGAAUUCACGAAGUCCGGUCCAAUCCGUUCAAUCACAAACUGCGAUAGAGCCGCCGAAUCUGCCGCGCUGGAGUGAUGUAUCACAAACAGGAGCUACCCAGCGAGUUGCAUCCAACGCACCAUCACGCGACCCACCCCCUUCAGCUGGAGCCUCGGAUGAUACUGGAGCGUCGAGCUGGCCAACCAGAUUAAGCUAUUUGCGGAAUCGAUUUGGGCCAGUGCGGAAGAAAGAUGCGCCUAUAGCACCUAGGCUAAGUGCUGCGAUUCAAAAGCUGAAAGUCGAGGUGGAUGCCGCACUUCCAUUCGAACCUAGAAAAUUUCCUCCGCAUCUGACUCCCCUCACAUUAGAGGUAGCUCAAUUAGCAUUGGAUUUAAAUGAAUACGAUGCCGCAUUCUUCUCCCACCUGGCUCAGAUCUUCCCUUACAAUACAUUCACCAUCAAAAAACUUGUCACGCGAGAAAUUCUACCGAAUCGAAAAAAGUAUUACGAAGAUCAAAUCGAUUCGAGGGUUGAACGUCUUAAUAUUCUCAUUGAUGAUGCAAUGGUGAAGGUCAUGGCCGAUCACGAGAAGGCUUUAGCAGAUUGGAGAGUAGCCAUGGAAGAAUGGGAAAAGGAAUCGAAUUUACGCAAGACUGAGCCUUCUACGGUACCUGAACCUCCUCCAACCAAUCCUAUAUCCACCGAAAAUGGAGCUCAAGCUAUAGAUCUAACAAGCGAAACAGACAAACAACCUAAACCACCUAUCAAGACAUUCAAAUUUACUACAGCUAUGCGAGAGCUGUAUUACGAAAUCCUCAAAUUAGAAGACGAACUUUGUGAAACAAUUCAGGAAACCCAAUCACUUGUGGAUAAGAAUGUAACGUUAAAAGAUACGAAUAAUCGGAAACAAUUAUACUCGAGAUUAUUAAAACUAUGGCCCGAAGGUUUUAUGAGUACAACAAAAUUGAGUAGAGAAGCUACGAACAUACGGAGAAAGUAUGACGUACCAGUCCCAUCUUCGGAACCCAAACCUUCAUCAUAA